AUGAAAUUAAAUAGAUUAAUUUCCUUUUUCCCUUUUGUGUGUCUUUUUUUUCGUGUACUUUCUUGUGAAGGAAUUAACGAAAAAAAAAAAAUUAAUUUGAAAAUAGAAUUAAUCGAUAAAGAUGUAUUAUUAUCAGAUGAUCAUUUAAAAAAAGAGAAAGUUAUUAUGCAAGAUGGUAGAAAGAUUAAAAUUAAGAAUUUUGAAAGAAUUAAAGAGAAUGUACUUGAGAGAGCUAUAAUUGUAAAAGAGCUUGAUAAAUUGAAAUCUAUUAGUACAAAAGACGAAGCUAUAACUUUAGAAACAUUAGAUGACGAUAAUAAUGAUGAUGAAAACAAUGAAACAUCAUUAAAUGGUGAAACUAAUAAUGAUGAAAACAAUGAAACAUCAUUAAAUGAUGAAAAUAAUAAUGAUCAAAACAAUAAUGAUGCUAGUGAUCAAGUAGAUGAAGAACAAAAUAAUAUGAAAGUAAUUUCUUCAGAAGAAUCUGUAGAGAAUGAUAUUCAUAUGUUACGUAAAGUUUAUCAAAGAGAUUCAGAAAAUGGUUCAACAACCUAUUGUUAUAUGAGAUAUACAUUUAAUUUUAAUUUAGAAAAAUUAAAUGAAAACAGUAGAAGCGAACUAUUUAAAGGAUUAGAUAAGACACUUGAUUAUCUAUCCUUUUUACCAAAAAAUGAAGAUGUAACAGACACUGAAUCAAUACUAGAUAAUGAAUACAAGAAAUUAGAUAACACUCUUGGGUCUACUGAUCCUAUCGUUUCUAAUUUAGAAUUGAAAAAUAAUAAUUUUCAUAACAUUAGUACUUCAGAAUAUGUUGAUACUAUAGAUGAAAUUAUAAACUUUUUAAAUACACGAAAUGAUCAAUUAAAUGUGUCACCCUCCCUAAAAUAUAAAUUAAUGGAAGCAAAAAAUAAUUUAAAUAAAUAUAAUAAUAAUAAUAAUAAUAAUAAAGAUAUCUUAGUGAAUAGUCCACGUGAUAAAAAUCUAUAUCUUUAUGAAUGGUUACAACAUUUAAAUAAAGCUUUUUUGGAAAAGAAAAAGGCAUUAGAAUUGUUGAAUGACACAGAGGAUAUAAAAGAAAAUUAUAAUGAUAAAUUAUUUGUGAAUUCAGUUGAGCAAUUAUUUUAUUGUUAUAAUUUAUUUGAAGAGUCUAAUGAUAAUAUAGAUUCUUUUUUUAUGAAUAAAGUGGGAAAGAACAAAGCAUCUAAAAAAGUUAAUAUUAAUAUUCAUAAAUCAUUAUCAAAAGAAUUGUUAAGUAAGAACAUUGAUGAUAAUGUUGAUGAUGAGCUAACUAAAUGUAAAUCCUUUUUAAAUUUGAUAACUCCAAAUGAACUAUUUUUAAAUGAUGAUUUGAAUAUUUCACAGGAUGAUGUAGUAACAGCUAAUAUUAAUAUGAAACAAGAGGAAGACGAAGAUGAAGAAUACGAAGAAAAUAAAAAUAGUGAUAUAUUUUUGAAUGAUUUAAAUCUACAAAAUAGAAAUAAGCUUGUUAAUAGUAAUGAUGAAGAAGAUGAGGUAGAGGAUGCAAAGAAUUAUGGAAUGAAUAACAAUGAAAUGGAUUCAUUAAAUGUAUCAUCUUUAAGAAAGAACGAAUCUUAUUUAGAAAACACAGAAUCGUUUAGUCAAUUAACACAGGAGAUAAAAAAUGACGAAAUGACAGAGGAUUAUGACUACGGUUAUGAUAUUGACAGUGAUGAAGAGGAUGAUGAGGAGAGUGAUGAAGAGUAUGAUGAGGAAAAUGAUGAAGAGAAUGAUGAGGAAAAUGAUGAAGAGAAUGAUGAGGAAAAUGAUGAAGAGAAUGAUGAGGAGAGUGAUGAUGAGAAUGAUGAAGAAAGUGACGAGGAGAGUGAUGAAGAGGAUGAUGAGGAGAGUGAUGAAGAAUUUGAUGAGGAGAGUGAUGAAGAGGAUGAUGAAGAGAGCGAUGAAGACAUUGAAGAAGAGAGUGAUGAAGAAUUUGAUGAAGAGGAUGAUGAGAAUGAUGAGGAAAGUGAUGAAGAAUUCGAUGAAGACAGUGAUGAUGAUAAUGAUGAGGAAAUCGAAGAAGACAUUAAUGAAGAAUUUGAUGAAGAGGACUAUGAUAACGAUUACGAAAAUUUACAUUACAAAGGGAAAGAUAACUAUUCAAAUUACAGUUUAAAAAAUGCUUUAAGUGAUUUAGCUAAAAGCGGUACUAAUCACUUAAUAGAUAAAGCAACAAAUAGUAUUUCAAGUGCCUUAAAAAAAAACUUUAAUAAAAAAAAAAUAGCAGACAAAUCAAACAAGUUCUUCGGUAAAAUAAGCAAGGGUCUUAAUAAUAGUAAAAAUAUUAUUAAUAAAACAAAGAAGGAUAUUAAAAAAGGAAUUAAUAAAGGGAAAAAAAUUAUAAAAGAUACAAAAAAGGAUGUAAAGAAAGGUGUUCAAAAUACAAAAGAAAAAGGAAAGAUUUUGACUAAAAAAGCUAAAAAGGUAGUUAAAAAAGGUAAUGACAAAGUUAAAGAAAAUGUCCAAGUUGGAUUGAAUAAAGUAAAAAAGGGAACAAAAAAGAGUAUCAAUAAAGUAAAGAAUGGAGCAGAGAAUGGUAUAAAUAAAGUAAAAAAGGGAACAAAAAAUGGUAUAAAUAAAGUAAAAAAUGGAACAAAAAAUGGUAUACAUAAAGUAAAAAAAGAAACAAAAAAUAGUAUGAAUAAAGUAAAAGAAGGAACAAAAAAUGGUAUCAAUAAAGUAAAGAAUAGUGCACAGAAUGGUAUAAAUAAAGUAAAAAAGGGAACAAAAAAUGGUAUAAAUAAAGUAAAAGAAGGAACAAAAAAUGGUAUAAAUAAAGUAAAAGAUGGAGCAGAAAAUAGUAUAAAUAUAGUAAAAGAGGGUAUACAAAAUGGUAAAGAUAAAAUUAAAGAAGGUUCAAAGGAUGCUAUAAAUAAAGUAAAAAAUGAAGUAGAUAAAGGUGUUAAUAAAGUAAAAGAGUACACACAAAAUGGAGUGAACGAAGUUAAAAAUGGAACAGUAAAUAUUCUAGAAGAUGCUAUAAAGGAAAUAUCAAAACCUACUGGAAAUUUACGCAUUAAAGAAAAAGAAAGUAUUAAUAAAGUGAAUACAACAUCUAAUAAAGUUACAAAUAAAAAAGGAAAAACACCAUUAAAUAAAAGUAAAUCUGAUGAAAAAAGAAACUCUAAUAGUCGUAAAACGUCUCUAAUAAGUUUAACAGAAGUAUCAAAUAAGAAAUCCUUGAAUAAGAACAAAAUUAAAAAAGAGAUAAACAAAAUUAAUAAAGAAUACAAAAAAUUGAAAAAAAUGGAAAAAAAAAUGAAAAAAGAAUUGAAUAAUCCUAAUCCUUCAGACAAAAAAAUUAUAUCAGAAUUUGAUGAUUUUGAAAAAUCAAAUGAAAAUAAAAAAAAUAAGACUAUAUAA